UCGCACUUCAUCUGUGUGUACUUGCAGUGAAAUGGCGGAGACUACUUUUUCUCAGGACCAGUUCAGCUGUCCAGUCUGUUUGGAUCUACUGAAGGAUCCAGUGACCCUUUCCUGUGGACACAGUUACUGUAUGAGCUGCAUUACAAGCUGCUUUGAUCAGGAUGAACAGAAGGACGUUUACAGCUGCCCCCAGUGCAGACAGACAUUCACUCCAAGACCGGUGUUAGGAAAAAAUGUGGUGCUUGCCGAAAUGUUAGAUAAACUGGUGAAGCUAAAACUCCAAACUGUGGUUCCUGCUCAGUGUUAUGCUGGACCUGGAGAAGUAGAGUGUGACGUCUGUACCGGGAGAAAGUACAAAGCUGUCAAGUCCUGUCUUGUGUGUAUGGAGUCUUACUGUCAAAGUCAUUUUGAACGUCAUGAGGAAUUUCAUUCAGGAAAGCAACACAAAAUAACUGAUGCCACAGGACGAAUCCAGAAGAAGAUCUGUCAUGAGCAUGAUAGGAUUUUAGAGGUUUAUUGUCGUACAGAUCAGCAGAUUAUUUGUGUGCUGUGUAUGGUGGAUAAACAUAAAAAUCACAACACUGUAUCGGUUGCAGCACAGAGGAAAGAGAAAGAGAGACACUUUAAGGAGACUCUGAGAAAAUUCCAGCAGAGAAUCCAAGAGAAGGAGAAAAAUCUUCAGGAGCUGAGAAGUGCUGUGGAGUCUUAUAAGUGCUCUGCACAGACCGCAGUGAAGGAAAGUGAGAGGAUCUUUACUGAGCUGAUCCGCUCUAUUGAGAGAAGAUGCUCUGAAGUAACACAGCUGAUAAAAGAUCAGGAAAAGGCUGCAGUGAGUCAAGCUGAAGAAUUCUUGAAGCAACUGGAGCAGGAGAUUGCUAAUCUGAGGAGGAGAGAUGCUGAGCUGCAGGAGAUUUCACAUGCAGAGGACAUCCAGUUCCUCCAGAGUUUCCAGUCUCUCUCUGUCCUGCCUACGGACUCACCCAACAUCACUGUUAGUUCUCUCCUCUCCUUUGAUAAUGUACAAAAAUCUGUCUCUCAUCUGAGAAAGAAACUUGAGGAUUUCUGCCAAGAGGAGAUAAAAAUUAUAUCUGGUAGAGUGAACCACAUCCAGAUUAUUCCAGUUCCUGAACCCAAGACCAGGGAAGAGUUCCUCCAGUACCGCAGUCGCUUUACUCUGGAUCCAAACACGGUGAACAAAAAACUCCGCCUGUCUGAGGGGAACAGAAUGGCUACUUACACUAACAAAUUCAGCCAGUAUCCUGAUCAUCCAGACCGAUUUGAUUAUUGGGAGCAGGUGUUGUGUAGAGAGAGAGUGUGUGGACGCUGUUACUGGGAGGUUGAGUUGAGCAGGGGUGUGGGUAUAUCAGUGGCAUAUAAGAGUAUCAGCAGAAAAGGAACAGCUAAUGCAUGUUUGCUUGGAUAUAAUGGUCAGUCCUGGAAACUGUCUUGUAAUCCCUGGAAUAGCUCAUUUUACCACAAUAACAGAGAGACCAAACUGCCUCUAGUGUCCAGCUCGUGUAUAGGUGUGUAUGUGGAUCACAGUGCAGGAACUCUGUCCUUCUACAAUGUCUCUGAUUCAAUGACCCUCAUUCACAGAGAACAGACCACAUUCACUGAGCCUCUCUAUCCUGGGUUCAGGGUUAUUGAGGAAUCAUCAGUGAAACUGUGUGAUCUAUACGUAUCAGAGGUGUAAAAGAUAUAUUGCAGUUAGGUUAAAGCACAGGUACUUUGUUUUACUCAAAAGUCAAAGCAACUAACAAAAAAAUUGUAGAAAUAAAAAGAAGGCCUAUCUACAUUUAAUUCAACGUAUAAGCCAAUUAAAUACCCGUUGGUCACUUUAUUUUUACUUUUUGAAUAUUUUCAACAGAAGUGUUUUGAACUCAUGUUAGUUGUGUCAAAGGUGUGUCCUAAUAAUAAUAAUUCUACAUUUUCUUGCGUUCAAAACUAGAAUAUAAUCAUUACUCCUUUUGUUUAAAUUUAGGGUUGUGAUGUGUGAUUUAAAAUUGUGAUGUGCAAAUAUUUACAAUAUUUUUAAGUUUUCGUCAGUGGUUGAGUGUUUUAAAAAAUAUUAAAUUGCACAACAUGAUAUGCUCAGGUGUUCUUUUCACUUUUAUGCUAGCUAAACUACGAAUAGUAGCUUCAACAUUGAAAUUCCUCCACUUUCAUUAAACAGCUUCAGUAAACACUUAAAGGCACAGUAUGUUUUCGCCGCUAGGGGUCGCCAAACUCUUCAAAACAAUAACAAAGGCGUAGAUUGAUGACAGUGAAUGAGCGUGGAACCAUGGAACUUGUCGUCAUGCCGAUGGAUCUAAUAAUGUUUAUAGAUGAGUGAAUGCAUUCAUGUUUUUUAACAUGACUGUGGUAUGAAGCAGGGCGUGGCCGAGAAUCGCGGGCGCGAUUGCUAAUGACAGACAGAUAUCAGUGCCACACGCGAGUCCCAGGGGAUAGAAAGAAAUGAGGACAUUUCAUUCUACCGAACUACUCGCAAGUGCUGAAAUACUACUAAUACAGGUCAGUUUAUUUGACGAAUUAAAGUUGUGAGGUAAA